CUGAGUCUAGUUUCCUCCCUCCGUCCGUGUCAUCAACCACAUCCCCAGGCUGGAAGGCCAGUUUUCUUAUGAUUUCAUCUCUGCUCUGUAGAAGCUCCAGUGAGGACAAUGUUCCUGUUUUCUGCACUCUCUCUCCUUCUCCUGAAUGUGAUAACCGCAUCUUGCUCAGAAAAAGAAACCUGUGAAAAUGCCCAAAAGACCUGCCAUGUGGUUACCUGUGGCUCCCCAGGCAUCAAGGGCGAAAAGGGAGAAACAGGACAAGGGACCAGAGGAUUGCAGGGUCCUCCUGGGAAACUGGGACCUCCAGGAAGCCCAGGACCUCCUGGGUUGCCAGGAGUCAGGGGUCCAAAAGGAGAUCCCGGAGAGGACUCAGAUUACGACAGUGCCCUGGCCACCUCAGAAAGACAAGCGCUACAAUCAGAACUGGACCGAGUCAAGAAGUUGCUGACCUUCGCGCUGGGGAAAAUGGCUGGAAAUAAGCUAUUCUUGACCAAUGGUGAAAAGAUGACUUUCCAAAGCGUGAAGGCUCUGUGUGCCCAGUACCAGGGCUCUGUGGCCACCCCCAUGAAUGCUGCAGAGAACGCGGCCAUCCAGAAAUUGGCCAGGGAAGAGCUUUACCUGGGAAUCACUGAUGAGGCCAAGGAAGGUCACUUUGUGGAUCUGAAAGGAAGACCACUGUCCUACAGAAACUGGAAUGAUGGGGAGCCCAAUGACGUGAAUGGAGAAGACUGUACCAUCCUCCUCAAGGAUGGCAAGUGGAAUGACGUCUCCUGCAAUUCCAAUUUCAUGGCGGUCUGUGAGUUCUCACUCUGAAGGAGCAUGCCCCUCAAAGCGCCGUCACCUUUGCUGUACCCCACAGGUCCGCAGUCUGCUUGAAUUGAUAAACCUACUUCCCCUGUUCA